AAACACCUCUGAAAGAAAAUGUCAAACUAGAUGUUUAUUUUCGUUCACAAAAAGUUAGUCUAAAUCUCAGCCUAAAUGGCUUACGCGCUUUAUCGUAUGCUUUUAAAAUCACUAGUUCGACGGUUCAAUUAAUUAAAUGCCGUAGCAAUGUCCUCCGAAGAAGCGGGAGUCCAGCAGGACCGUGCCCAUAUUGCGGAUGUCGACGUCGACGAACCCACUAAAGGAAAUGGGUCUGAACGCGAUCUGGCGACUGAUUCUGGCCUGGAGGCUAACUCCUCAGGAUUGACAGAGGAUGUAACUUCGUGCGAGUUACCUAGCUCAGCCAGGCAGCUAAAAAAUAAUGAUGAAAAAGGCGAGUCAAAAGUGCUGGUGGAUGUCACUGACACUGGAGUUUCUUCUCCUAUUUCGUCCUCUGGUGCUAGCUCUCCUGGUGCUAAUACGUCUGACAACGUCUCCAACCUUGAAGAACUUUCAACCAGCCAGCAUGACAAUUUAAAUAACUCUGAAGGGCUCUUAGCUCACAAAUUAUCAGUAACUUCACAAAACGGGGAUAAUUUAGAUAUUCAAAUUACCAUGGAUAACAAAACAAACAGUGCUUCUAAUGAUUCUUUAAAUAAACAACCAAAUCUUGACGCAAAUAAAAACUUGGCAACAUCAACCGUAAGUUUAAAUGAUACAAUAGACACUAAUGUAACAAUAAACAAGUCACCGUACAGUCGGAGUGCAGAAAACAUAUCAGUUGACAUUAAAAUGGACCAAAGUGUAGAUAAAGAUGCAGUAUUGUCCCAGUUCAAAAGCCAGAAGAAUAAAGUAAGCGCUACUCAGGCAAUCCCAGAAACGAACACUAAUACAAAUCUCGAUGUACGAUACACACGGUUACCUAAAGAACUACUGUCACAAGAUCUAGGAAGUAUUGUUAAAAAUGUCCAUGGGAUCUUCUCUUCUGUAAGCGGCAGUUUGAAGAAUGCAUACACACAUAGAGCAGGCCAUAUACCGUAUAUGAAAACUGUAAAACCAAUGCCUAAUGGGAAAGUAAUGAAUGAUAUAUUUGAAGAUGAACAAAAUGAUGAGAAGAUUACGAAUGGGAUAGAGAAUACUAAAACAGAGAUUCCUAAUGAGACUGAGACGUUAAAUAUGAAUUUAGAGGAUGAUGUAAAGGGAGAUGUGUUAAGGCUACAGGUGGAGUCCUUGGAGCGAGUGUUAGCAGAGCAGAGGAAAGAGAACACGGCAUUGAGAGAGACUGUGAAACAGCAGGCAGACAAGCUGACGGAGAGAGACCAGACUUUUAGAGAAUUGGAGACUAAAAUGGAUUUGAUGUCAAAACGCGUAGAGCAAGCGGAGCGAGAAAAAGACGCAGCCGUGAUGCGCUACGCGAGCGUCGAGCGAGCCGCCAUCGAGGCGCGCAAGAUGGCGGAGCAAAGCGCGGCGCGGGAGCGCGCGGCCACCGCCGAGGCCGAGCUGGCGGCCGCCAAGCUGCGCGCCGCCCGCGACGACAAGCUGCGCGUGUGCCAGCUCUAUGACGACAAGUGCCACGAGCUUGCGAAUAGUGAACGCGAGCUAGCGAAGGUUAGAGAAGAGGUGAAAGAGCUGGAGGGAAGGCUCAAGUGGACACAGAGCAAAUUGCGCAUGGAGAUGGACGCCUACAAGGACAGCGCAGAGCGUGUGGAGAAGCUGACGGCACAGGUGGCGGAGCUGGAGGCGGCCGCGGCCGGCGCCUGCGACUCGCAGGCCGGCUAGACAGAUGGAAUAAAAUUAAAAUUGUGUAUUUCUGAAGGUUUUACGAAUCAUUUAUUUUCAGAGACCGAGUUGAAAGAAAGCAUGGCUGCUCUAAUACUAUGCCGGCACGAGCGUGAAUCGUUAGAGCGGCGGCUAGCUCAUACGACGCAGCAGCUCGACAGUACCGUGAAGGAGCGAGAUGUGGCCGUGGCCAGUAACACCAGUAACUUGGCUGAGAUCGAGCGACUCCUCGCUCACAACGCGCGGCUGGAGCAGGAGGCGGCCGAGCUGGCGGCGCUGCGCGCGCAGGCCGCGCUCGCCGACACGCUCAGCGCACAGCUGCACAGGGAGACCGAACGAGCAGCCGCCGCCGAGGAAGCCCUGGGGCGCGAGCGAGCGCGGGCGGAGACGUGCGCGCGGCGCGAGGCCGCCGCCCUGGAGCACGCCGCGAGGCUCACGGCACAACACGUCGCCAUACAGCAGCAGAGACAGCACACCGACGAUCAGGCCUCAGCAUUAAGCGCAGACAACGCAGCACUUCGCGAGCGCAUCUCAGAGCUCGAGGUCGAAGUGGGUAAACUGCAGACUUCACUCGCAGAAGAAGUGGAGAGGAGACAUAAGGAGAGUCGGGUGCUCGCGAGAAAGGUGGCUGAGCUUCAAGAGGAAGCGGCGGAGGCGGCCAAACAGCUCGAGUGGGAGAAGGGAGAGAACGGCGUGCUCAGGAAGAAACACGCCAGCCAGGUCAAGGAGCUGAACCGCGAGUUGUCGCGCGCGCUGAAGCGCGUGCAGGCGCUGCAGGCGCGCCAGCCCCCGCAGCCCGCCGCGCGCGCAGGUUCGGUGACGUCGCUGAGCAGCGGCGAGAGCGCGCCGCACGAGGACAGCGGCCGCGACGUCGGACACGACGUCGGACACGACGAGGGCGCCGUGCCCGACGUGCAGAUCAAAAACCCGAACGUUUUCAAUAAAUUACUGAAUAAGGUGCGAGAGCCAGACCGGCAGGCGCUGGUAGAACGCAUCGUGUCUCUGCAGCGAGCGGCGGCGAGGCGCGCCGAGCGCUGCGAGUUCCUGGAGGAGCACGCCAGGCAGCUGACGGACGAGCUGCGGGGGAAGUCUCGGCUGCUGCGGCAUUUGCUACCCAAUCUACCCGCGCAGGCGCUCGCCUCCACCGCCAGCGACUCCAACAAGCCGCCUCGGAGGUUAACCAAGAAAGAGAUAGCGAAGUUCGGGGGCGGCGCCAUGGCGGCGCUGUGGGGUGGAGACCCUGGAGGAAUGUCGCUGGAGCUGUCCCUGGAGAUGAACAAGAGGCUGCAGAGCGUUCUAGAGGACACGCUCCUGAAGAACAUCACACUCAAGGAAAACAUGGACACGCUGGGGGAAGAGAUUGCGCGGCUAAAAGCACAGAAAAACGGUAACACCAAGUAACUUCCGAAAACUUGUUUAAACUUGUGUGCUAAGUUAACCAAACGGGGCUUGUGUAACAAAAUAUAGUUCGUGCCAUCCACGAUGGCGCGCAGAUUUGUCAAAUAUAACCUUUAAUAACAUAGAAUUACGAGACUUGACUCGUCACACGUCGUCAUGAAUGACACGAUAUACGAGACAAACCGUAUGAGGACCGUUUCAUUUAAAUUAGUUCACUACUAUAUUUUUCAAACUUGAAUCACGAGCUAUUUCGAUCCUAAUAGGAAAACAUGUGUCCCAAAAUUUAUAUAAAAUAUAAUAUAAAUAAAUAAAUAUAAUAGGACAUUAUUACACAAAUUGACUAAGUCCCACAGUAAGCUCAAUAAGGCUUGUGUUGAGGGUACUUAGACAACGGUAUAUAUAUUUUUAAAUCCUUCCAUUUCGUUAUUUUUCAUAGACUUUCUGUGGAUAACAGCUUAUCUGCUUCUUAGGUUUCUAACAUUUACGAAAACACCAUCAUUUCAUUAUUUAUUUUCAACCUUCAUUUUAUAUAUCAAUUUUAUCACACUUGGAUUUCAUAGAAACCAUUUGUUAGUAUUUUGUUACGAAAAAACACGAAGAGGUGUUUGUCACCCUCGAUAGUCUAGAUAGGUCUGUUUGUCACCCUCGAUAGUCUAGAUAGGUCUGUUUGUCACCCUCGAUAGUCUAGAUAGGUCUGUUUGUCACCCUCGAUAGUCUAGAUAGGUCUGUUUGUCACCCUCGAUAGUCUAGAUAGGUCUGUUUGUCACCCUCGAUAGUCUAGAUAGGUCUGUUUGUCACCCUCGAUAGUCUAGAUAGGUCUGUUUGUCAACUGCUUUCCGCCGUAUAAUUAUGGAUAAAUCAAAUCAUUGUUAUUAUGUCCUGAUACAAAAAUAAAUGAUAAAUGGAUUAUGUGAUUGAGUAUUAAAAAAUUAACUAGUAUUUAAAGUGCUGAAUAUAAUUUAAAAGUAAAUUAAUAUUAAAUGUUUAUAUUAUUCAUAAUUCAUCGUUUAAAAACUAUGGUAAUUAGUAAUUACCAUUGCUUUAAUGUAUUUGUAUAAUUUAUUUUAUCUACACACUUAGGUAUCAGAGCAACGAUGCCCCAAUGUCGGAUGUAAUAUGAGGUUAGUUAUAUCAUAGAAAGUUUAUAAUAUGUGUGUAGAUAAAAUAGUGUAUGUAACUUUACAUAAUAAGGCAUUUGAACACUCGUGUGGUCCUUUUAAGAAACUCACUUCAUUCGUUUCUUAAAGCCACACUCGUAUUUAAAUGCCUUUCAUUAUGUAGCAGUCACACAAAAUACUACUUCCGCCUUAACAUUUUACCGUAAAGAUAACGUUCGAACAAAAUGACUUAGUUAAUAAGUAAAAAUGAAGUAUUUAUUUAUAUUUGUCAAUGUUUGCGUAUUCGAUAUGCAACUCGUUUGACAUAUGUUGCAGGUGUGUGUGUAAUAUACGUUGUAAUGUGUUGCUUUGUAUAGUAAUGUCUAUAUACUAAACGAUGUCGAUUAUAAAAAUACCCGAGAUACUAAAUUGACAGUGCGAAUGACCAAUUUACUAACAGAUCUGAGAGAAGAGAGGUAUGGGCAUUGUGAAUGUCAUCUCGCUCUGUGUGGUAGGGCACAGCCAGCGGAUGUCAUUCCAGAUCUAGAGCAGAGCCCAACUGGGGAAGUACCUCCACCUUACAGAAAACCGCAGCCAAAUAACACUAGACCCUACUCAUAGUGUUGUGUUCCUGUCGGUGAGUAAGGUUGCCAGAGCUCAACGAGCCAGGGGGGGCAGCUGCCCCUCUCCUGCCCCCCCCCCCCCCUCUUUGCGACGCCCCUGUGUGCGCGAGAGGUACCUGUUAUUUGAGAACAAAACGAAACAGAUUCGGAGUACACUGACCAAUCGAACUGUCACUAUAGGAGCUGUAAUAUAAAAACAGAAUUUACGUUAAAAUAAAACAUUCCUAAAUAAAAGUAUGAUUUUUGGUAUAAUAAAAUAAAAUUUGUUGAAAAAUAUUGUUCAGAUUAUAUUAUUUGUAAAUAUUUUCAAUGGUACGGAACAUUAAGUGGUAAACUUUAUAUUAUAAUCAUUUAUUUAAAGUAAUUAAUCUAAUUAUUAACUAAUAUGGGACUUAAUCUCGUAUAAAAAGCUUGAAAAUGACCGACGUUUCGAAGACGACAUUGUCUUCGUGGUCUCAAAUAAAGACUAUAAGCCAGGAGCCCGUUUUUUAAAAUGAACUUGUCGUCCGGGUCCGUUUCUACUUCAGUCUAUUAAAUAAGCGAAUGUAAAGUAGGUACAGCCAUAGAGAAAUAAGUAACAUAGAGCUCACACUCCACACAUCAAUUUUGGUACCUAAACUUUUUUUUAUUUUCGCAGUCGACAUCUAGCAUCGAGUAGCGGAAUUAUCAGUACCGCUAUUUGUCACUAGAUGCCACGAGUGUCUCGACUGACCAAAAUUGUAUUGCUCAACAAUUUACAACUAAUAUUACAAGCAGGAGUUGAAAAUAGAGUUCUCGUCAGUCGCGACCCUUGAGACAUCUAUUGUCAAGUAGCAGUACUGAUAAUUCCGCUACUCGAUGCUAGAUGUCGAUACUUAGAUACUUAUUUCUAUAUGGUACAGCACAAAAUAGGUUGGCGGUCCGGAUCUGUGACCCCUGCUCUAAGCUAAUGUUGAUAUUAAUAGCUGCGCGAGUUUUUGAACUACCCGCUUUAAUAAUUAAAAAAUAAACCGGCCAAGAGCAUGUCAGGCCAUGCUCAGAGUAGGGUUCCGUAGUUACUCUUCCGUCACAAUAAGCUAAACUGGAGUAAGCUCUAAGAAGAAGUAUGGUAGAUUGUUAACCAAGGGAUGAACUGUGGGUGUACGUCUUUUUACUACGAAGGGGAAACUUUUUGCGCUAACUCAAAAACAGCUAAACUGAUCAUAUCCGCUAUAGUUUUCAUUUAAUGUCUUUCUUAAGCUCUAUUUCCAAGAUUUUUUUCAUAUUUUUUGGGCCUAUGGUUCAAAAGUUAGAGGGGGGGACACACAUAUUUUUCUUCUUUCGGAGCAAUUAUCUCCGAAUAUAUUCACUUUAUCAAGAAAUGUCUGUUGAAGACCCCUAUUAGUUUUGAAAAACCUUUCCAACGAUAUCCCACACUGUAGGGUUAAAGCAAAAAAAAAUUCCAUGCAAAAUUUCAGCUUUCUAGCACUAUCGACCACGGAGCAAAGCCUCGGACAGACAGACAGACAGAUGGACAUGGCGAAACUAUAAGGGUUCCUAGUUGACUACGGAACCCUAAAAACGGACACAGGCCGAGCAAACUUAACCAAACGCAACGUCACAAAUGGAUCAAAAACUAAUUUUAGCAUUAUACGUCUUUCCUGUGGACACCAUAAAAUAUAGAUUGUCUUUAGCUCUAAAAUAUACGGCGUCAUUUUCUUCUAAAAACUGCAUAUUAAAAGCCUUAGGAUAGUAUUCCACCUAUCGAAUUUUAUGGUCCAAUGUGUAUUUGCAUCUCACAUUUUACUUAAUGAGAGAGUGAGACGUAAUGCACAUUGCACAAAGAAAUUGGACAGGUGGAAUACCAUCCUUAAUUAGUAUAAUAUCUAUACUGUCCAUAGGAAAAAUGCUGGUAUUUCCGUAAUUCCGUAACCAUUUUAGCCCAAAUAAAUGUAUUUAUCAGAGACACAUAUGUAGGAAAGACUAUCAAUCUCCUACCUACACGUCUCUGCCCAAGUAACUGAGCUCUACUUAGCUCUCGUUUUCAGCGGUGCUGGUGUGACUGACCUCAUAAUAUUACGAAAUUGUUAGUUAUUUUUAUUAUUAUAGUAUUCAUGGCUCCAUCAAUUAAUGUAUAGGUAAAAAACCGCAUGGAAAUCCGUUCAGUAGUUUUCGAGUUUAUCGCGAACAUAUAUAGGGAGCGUGUAUAAACUGUAGGGGGCAGCAUAGGAGACGUCAGAUUUUUAGCGCGAGGUGUAAAUGUGAAGUUUAUGCUUCAAAUGUAGCCCAUGACAGAAGCUACUAUGUAUGGAAGGUAGAGGCAAGAAACAGAAACUCCUUAGGCAGAAUUGUUGCAAAAGUGUCCAGCUGUCAGCUAUAAAUAAUAGUUCCAAAUCUCUCCAAAGUAGCGCUAGAGUAGCUAAGAACCUAGGCGCUAUUGACGGAGUAAAGUGCGCUGUCUAUGAUUAGAUUUUUUUCUCAAGUAUUCUAGGUAUUGUAGCGCCACCUAUUUAUGGUGUUUUAUCGGACACUUUUUGGUAUAAGGAGAUUUUGUUCCUUGCCUCUACCUUCCAUACUACUAUGCACAGGAAAACGUACGAGAACGGUAGAUGGCAGCACUUGCUUCGGCGUGAAUUGUCAAUGUACAUGUUUGUGUUUCCGAUUCAGGCCACAAGAUGGCAGUCCCUCCAAACCGGAUGGUCCCUAUACGUAAAUACAAACAUACAGCCGCUGCGGGUGGAGUGAGAGUGAUUCUCACUGUGACAAGAUCCGAAAUAGUACGGAAAUUAGAUUCCUUGACUGUAUAGCUAUAGCAGCUAUGCGGUGGUGUUCAAAAUGACCUACACACGCUCUUAUUGUCUUAACAAUAUAGCUGAGUUCAGGUUGUUUAGGAAACCUCGCUCUAUGGAAGGUAGAGGUAAGAAGAACAAUCUCAGGAGAACUGUUUCAAGUAUCCAGCUGUCAGCUGUAAAUAGUUCAAAAUCUCUCCUGACUCCGGUGGCGCUAGGGUAGCACAAGGAGAUGACAUGAACCUAAUCGUUAUCGUAUCGGCCAAGUUGAUAUAAAAUAUCUGAGCAAAGCCUGUAUUAUUAAGAAGUUUAAGUGCGUGUUCACAUAUUUUGAGCACUUUGGCCGCUCCGAUGUAUCUGAACGAGUAAAACGACGGGUGUAUGAAGUGUCCAUCAAAAAACCUUCAAUAGGUGGCGCCACAAGACAUCGCGAACAAUUUUUCGACUUUGAUAAAAAAAAUCAGAUCACUGACAGCGCACGUCAAUAAUGUCUAAGUUCAUGUCAUGUCCUUGUGCUACCCUAGCGCCACCGGAGAGUUUGCGAACUAUUAUUUACAGCUGCCAGCUGGACACUAGCAACAGUUCUCCCAUAACAGAUUGUUCUCCUUACCUCUACCCUCCAGGGGCCCAUUCCCCGAACGGUAUUAGUCGGUAUUACGUCGGAGGGGUGCUGACCUGCAGCGAGUGUGGCCGCACAUUCGCUGCUAAGAUUGGCUACGUCAGUCACCUGAGAGCGCACCAGCGACACUCUCAGCGGUAGAAAGCAGUUGCUGUGGCCGAACACGGCUAGGAGACGAUGAUGAUGAUGAUGAUUAGUCUUUUAUUAUGAGUGGGUUGCCAUGGUACUUCAUACGAUUUGACAGUUCGUGUACUAAUAAUUAUGGAGUGUGGAAUUAAGAGGAGUGGCAUCUCUUAUAGUAGAAUUGUUGCAAAAGUGUCCAGCUGUCACCUAUAAAUAUUAGUUCCAAAUCUCUUCAAAGUAGCGCUAGAGUAGCUAAGAACCUAGGCGUUAUUGACGGAGUGAAGUGCGCUGUCUAUGAUUUGAUUUUUUUGUUCAAGUACUCUAGGUAUUGUAGCGCCACCUAUUUAAGGUUUUUGAUGACACUUUUUGGCAUAUGGAGAUUCCAUUCCUUACCUCCACCUUCCAUACCAAUAAUAUUACUCUAAUACCGUUCGAGAAAUGGGCCGGAGUGCACACCGGCUGUGUUCGUAGACGUGACAUGCGCGCGCGCUAAAAUGUUCUUAUAAGAAUCAGUAUAUUACAACGCGCAUGUCUACGCACGCGCACCCGGUGUGCACCAGCCUAAAGACAUUAUAAUAACAUGUGUAUACCUCUGUGUAACCCAGUGACGAAGUAUUGUUGUAUAGUAUGGAAUUUUAACGACAUGGUUAUAUUAUGUAAAUUAUAUUUUGAGCAUUC